CAGACAUUUUUCAAUGCAAGAUUUUUUCUUGCAUAAAUUAUGUUCAUGACGUAGUGCAAAAAGGCCAAUUUUGAGGCAAUUUUGUCCGACUUUACAGCCCAAACGGGAUUUUGUGAGGCGCCUCAAGGAUUUUUCACUGUCUGAACUGUUGCAGAAAGGGCAUCGUCAUUAAAUAUUAAGAGAGAGGAGAUCCUAACAUUGCAGCCCUCCUUAUCAAUGCAAAUACCUCUUUUGUGUGCAGUCACAGCGCCUGUCUGGGAGCUGAGAUGAAUUUUUAAUUAUGUGUGACUGAAACAAACUGUGACAAGGACCUUUUUAAGAGCGGCGGGAUUACAGAAAAUAAGCUGCAUUUCCGCGAAUGCCAGGAAGACAGUGACUGUGGUGGUGCAGCCAGCCAUGAACUCCCAGGACCUGCCUGCCAAAGAUGCCCCACUUACAGUCAACGAGCAGGUAACCCUCACCUGCCUGUUUAAAAAGCACCAAUGAGCCUCCGUUCUGCCAGUCAUGAUGAGCCUACGUUGUCUUCAACUUCUUCGCUCCCAUUUGUCGCCCUCCAUGUGCAACACACUACAUCACAACAGCGUGAUUUACUGCCGUGCCCUCAGGACUUCUGCCUUUUUAUUGCCUAAUAAUACCUGCUGCUCUACGCUUGUGAGCAUUAGCAGUCUGUAUACUGCCAUGCUUAAUAAUUAAAUGUUUUAUUUUUCUUUCUCUAGUAACAUUCUGUGUUGACAUAGUCAGCAAACAGAAGCAAUGCACUUCAGGGAGGCACCAGGACGCGCUUGAAGAAGGCAUUGCUUGAGCUGCUUGUUGGCUGAUGCUCUCAUCAUUGUUUUUUUUUGGUGUACUCAUGCUCCUCUUUUGGUUUGGUUUGUUUUGGGUCAUUUGUGUCCUAACAUGUGCUCGGCUUCUCUGUCCUCCUUAGCCAUUCACUGUCUGAGUGCAGAAGUCUUUUUUCAACCAUUUAAAACCCGCACUUUGAAAUUCCCUGCUAAAGACAACCAGGUUAUUGUGAUGUCUGGCCAUGAGACUAUUCGUGUGCUUGAGGUGGAGGUUGAUACACCUCUGCCAUCGUCGGUACCCAAUGGGAGGAGCGAAGACAGAGCUGAGGAGGGACUGGCUCGUUCAACGGAGCUACCCGACGGCACCCAGGACGGCCCCGCGGUUUCCCAGAGUGCCGGGGGAGUAGUGCUGGGUGAGCAGCAGGUGGUGUCUGUAGAGGCUCCGUCACCUGCUGUACAAACGCUGACUCCUGCUGUUCCCAUCAGUGUGUCGCUGCCCCAGACACAGGCUGCCAUGCCCAUCACUGUACAAGGUUGUCCACAGGUGCUGACCCAGGAAAGUCUGGCCACUCUGAUGACCGGUAUGAUGGCUCAGACUGGCUCGCUGGGCCAACCGCUGCUCAUCCCCCUCAGUAUGGCGGGCUCCAUCGGGGGCCAGGGUGGCUUGGCUGUUCUCACUCUCCCCACCACCAGUGUAGCUACCCUCCCCGGUCUGGCAGCAGCUAACCCGGCUGGAAACCUGCUCAAACUGCCCUUCGCUGGCCUUCAAGCUGCAACAGUCCUGAAUUCGGUCCAGCCCCAGCUGCAGACGAAUGCACAGACAGUGUUCCAGCCUCAAGCAGCCUCCCUACAGGCGGUGCAGGCUGCCGUGCAGCAGGUGACGCCUCAGCCAGCACAGGUGACCAGCACACAGGUUACCGCCGCCCAGGUGGCGGCAGCCCAGGCGACUGCUGCCACCACCUCUGUCUCCCAGUCUAACAUAUCUGUGGCAGCGCUUCAAACCGCAGGACUGUCCAUCAACCCUGCCAUUAUCAAUGCUGCUUCCUUCGGAGCACAGCCCCAGUUCCUUAGUUCCCUAACGUCCACCCCCAUCAUCAACAGUGCCAUGUCCAGCAUGGCUGGUAUCACCAGCCAGAUCAUCACAAAUGCCCAGGGACAGGUCAUAGGGACCCUCCCGCUGUUGCUGAACCCAGCCUCUCUUGCUGGAGGGGCUGCGACUUCCACCUUCCCCCUCCAAGGUCUCCAGCUCCAGACUCUCACGCCGCAGCUGCUUCUCAACACCCAGGGCCAGAUCAUUGCCACCGUAGGGAACGGUCCUGCUGCAGUUACAACUACUGCCGCAGUCCUGCCCAAAGCUGCUGCUCCUCUAACACUAACAAAACCCAACGCACAGGCUUCAGUAACGACUGUCAAUCAGUCACCAGUUGUCAUUGCCCCGCAGCCAUCUGUAUUGAAGACUGCCACCACGCUCUCCUCCACGGUACCCAUCACCUGUGGAGACUUAGCAAAAGUGGGCCAGCUUGUCAGCAAACCCCAGCAGGCAGUGAGCGGCGAGGAAGGCAUUAAUCUGGAGGAAAUUCGAGAGUUUGCCAAGAAUUUCAAGAUCCGUCGGCUGUCCUUGGGGCUUACUCAGACGCAAGUAGGGCAAGCUCUCACUGCGACGGAGGGUCCGGCCUACAGCCAGUCUGCUAUUUGCAGGUUUGAGAAGCUGGAUAUCACCCCUAAGAGUGCCCAAAAGCUGAAGCCGGUGUUGGAGAAGUGGCUUGCUGAGGCCGAGCACUGGAACCAGAAAGGCCAGCAGAAUCUGAUGGAGUUUGUCGGCGGUGAACCUUCCAAAAAGCGCAAGCGACGUACUAGUUUCACACCGCAGGCAAUAGAAGUUCUCAACUCCUACUUUGAGAAGAAUGCUUUGCCAACAGGCCAAGAGAUUACAGAGAUUGCAAGAGAGCUAAACUAUGACCGAGAGGUUGUGCGUGUCUGGUUCUGCAACCGGCGACAGACGCUGAAAAACACAAGCAAGAUCAACGUCUUCCAGGUUUAGUAGCGACCUCAUUCUAGGAGAGUUUGCCACUGAGCUUUUGUCCUCUUGGGGACUUGAAUGCAGCAGCACAGAUGUGAUGUGUGCUGUAAAUGCAACAUAAACUGUAUUAAGGUCGAACGGACAUGAACUUUUUGAGAUAAGUUUUACAAAAGGGUACUAAAAAUGCAUUAACAAUUGUAUUUCAAGGCUGUAUAUGUGUACACUCCGUCUGUGUGGUGCGUACUAAGUCAACUUGCAUGGUCUUCAUAUCAUUGAUUAAAAUACAGUGAUAAAGACAUUUAAAAAUAUUUGAUGAACUUUUAUACACCAGUUUUAUAGGCUACUCCUCUGACUUGUUAUAAGUGUGCAUCAAGUCACAUUACAGUCACAUGUAUGUGUCACUCCGCGUCAGUGGCUGAUAACUAAAUACCAGUAAUAUGCUUUGGCCAUAACGGAUAAUGUGAACGUUCUAGCUGCUCGUUUAUUUUAUAUUCGUAUAACAUUCGUUCUGCACGAGCAGCUCUGCAAACUCAAAGUUGAACUACGUAGACUGUAAGCCAGCAAUAACCUGUAGUUUUAUUUUCAUCAGAAUUAUUUGUCCAGCGAACUUCAAAAAUUAGUUUGCCCCUGGUGUUUUUCGGACAAUCAUCACUGAUACUUUUGGCUUAUGAGGCUUUGAACCCAAAGUCAGAGCAGUUUUGCGCGUUCCGCGAACAAGAUGUUUGUGUCAAAAUAAAGUUAGAGUUCAGGCUGUUGCCUAAGAUGCCAUGAUUUGCAUUUAAUUUAGAUCUUUGUAAACAUUUGUUUAUUUGAGAGAGGCUCCAAAUGUGUAAAUGACACAUGUAGUGUGUGAGUUCAUCACAGCCAUUUGUUUAAUGUGUUCGUAAUACUCUGAGAGUAUUUGUUGCUUUCUCUUGGUUCACUGCUUUGACUGUUCCCUUAAUAGUCUGACUGAAUUUUUCAUCUCCACUUAGAUGAAGCAUAUUUAAGAAUAGGAGCUUAAUUGACCUGCAACGUAAUUCAGCCUUAUGUUGCCUGAAACAUUAGUGCCAGAUUUUGUUUUUUACACACUAAGCCUAAAAUUAAUCAAAUUGAUUAAUUUAAGUAAUUUAAGAAGUAACUGUUCAGCAUAAAAAGGAGGGUUGUGGAUUAUGUGCGUUAUGAUAUCAGUGCGAACCAGUCAGAAGACAGUUUGCACAUGCAGUAUGAAGUAGGAACGAUAACAUGGCAGUUUUCUUUGACGUUGUCAAUAUUUUAAGAAUUCUUUGCACUUUAGAGACAGCAGGGAAAGUGAGAGGGUUGUGAGUGAUUUAUGUACAGGUUUCAGUUUUGUUUGUGAAGAGAAUUAGAUUUUUGAAUGUUCCUCAGCAGUAAGAGGCUUUGCAAAAUGUAGCAGUAAUGGCAAAAUUGCAAUCAUCAACUUGACAACAUCUAUUAAUAAAAUUAAUUUACUUUUUACGAAAUGUAAAAUAGAAUAUUAAAAGCUAAUGACAUCAAGUACAUCUUUAAAAUGUUUUUGUGUGUUUGUGAAUUAUAUGUUGAAUGGUGCAUAUUGUGCUCCACAUCAGAUCUGCAUUUUGAAUGAGUAGGCCUGUAUUGCAGUGGACAUGCAGUGUACCUGACCGUUAAAAUAGUUAAUAUUACAAAGGUCUUGCUUUAACACAUGUUUAUCUUCUUGAUACAGGGAGACAGUAUAUAAUAUUGUUUAAUAUACUAAGUUGUCCAAUAGAGUAAAAGGAGAGCUAAAUUACACCUAAGCUGUUAUUAAUUUGACUCCACAAAGCACAGAAGAGUUCAGGUCAUAGCAAGGCAAGAGAAAAACAAAAGUUUGAUGUGGUUUGUUUUGUAAUUUUCUCUCAGAUAAAUCAAAUAAAUCCUGUCUUUAUUAAUCA